AUGUCUUCUCGCUGGGACAGAGAGGUAGGAUUUGGCACCCGAAGCAGAGGUUUGAAACCAUGGAUGCUCGCCCUUCUAAUUGUGUUAUUACUGAUGGUAGUGGCCGUGACCAUUGGUCUUCUGGCUCACUUCUUAGUCUCUGAGCAGAAAAUAGAGUAUUAUCAUGGCACCUUUAAAAUUUCAGAUGUACAAAUCCAUAGUAAUUCUGGACAAAACAGCACAUACCAACUUAAGGAUUUACGAGAGAUGAGCGAAAACUUGGUGGAUGAGAUAUUUAUAGAUUCGGCCUUGAACAAGCAUUAUAUCAAGAACCGAAUAGUCAAACUGACUCCAGAGGAAGAUGGUGUGAAAGCAGAUGUUGUUAUGGUCUUCAAGUUCCCCUCUGCUGAGCAAAGGGCAAUAACAAUGAAGAAAAUCCAUAGCAUCUUAAAUCAGAAGAUAAGGAACACAAGAGCCUUGCCAAUAAAUGCCUCAUCAGUUCAAGUUAAUGCAAUGAGCUCAUCAACAGGGAAGCUAACUGUCCAAGCAUGUUGUGGUAAACGAGUUGUUCCAUUAAUAGUCAACAGAAUAAUGUCUGGAGAAAUUGCGGCCAAGGCUGCUUGGCCUUGGCAAGCUUCCCUUCAGCGUAAUAACAUACAUCAAUGUGGAGCCACUUUGAUUAGUAAUACAUGGCUUGUCACUGCAGCACACUGCUUUAAAAGUAAUACAAAUCCAUAUCAGUGGACUGUUAGCUUUGGGACAACAAUCAACCCUCCGUUAAUGAAAAGAAACAUCAAAAGAAUUAUUGUCCAUGAGAGGUAUCGCUCGCCAGCAAAAGAGUACGACAUUGCUGUUGUACAGUUCUCUCCCAGAGUCACCUUUACUGAUGACAUCCGCCGGGUUUGUUUGCCAGAAGCCUCUGCAUCCUUCCGACCAAAUUCAACUGUCUAUAUCACAGGAUUUGGAGCACUUUUCUAUGGUGGUGAAUCUCAAAACGAUCUUCGAGAAGCCAGACUCAAGCUCAUAAGUGAUAAUGUGUGCAAGCAACCACAUGUGUAUGGCAGUGAUAUAAAAUUUGGAAUGUUUUGUGCUGGAUAUCUAGAAGGCAUUUAUGAUGCCUGCAGGGGUGAUUCUGGGGGACCUUUAGUCAUAAAGGAUCUUAAAGAUACCUGGUAUCUCAUUGGAAUUGUGAGCUGGGGAGAUAACUGUGGUCAAAAGAACAAACCUGGAGUCUACACAAAGGUGGCUGUUUACCGAAACUGGAUUGCUUCAAAAACGGGCCUCUAAUUCACUAUAAAAGCUAAACAUAGAGAGCUGUAUGCAGGCCAUACGUGUAUGAGAAUCCAAUUAUUCAGUGGAUAUAGUUUAAUGAAGCAAGAUUAAAUAAUUGGACCUAAUAACAAAAGACAUAUAACAUGAU